AUGUACUACACCGCUGCGUUCUUUCUCAACCUCUUCUUAAAAGACCUGCACGCGCUCUCGAUGUUGGCUUACAGCGUAGGUGUUUUCGGUGUUGUCAGCGACGUAUACAUCAUCACACUUCCGUUGCUGGCUAUUGUGCAGCUGCGUCUGAGCAGGGCCAAGAAGUGGCGCGUUGCUGCUGUAUUCCUCACGGGACUUUUAAGUGUGGUGAUGAGUUUCCUGGGCUGCAUAUACCGCUUCCAAGUCAACAUCAUGGACAUUACUUACUCCCUCCUGCCCAUCUACAUCGUCAACACCUUGGAAGUCGACAUCGGCAUAAUAUGCACCUGCCUCCCCCUCCUCGGCGCACUGUUCAAAGAAAACACGAAGGAAUCCCGGCGGCCGACCAGCUUCCGAUCCAUCCACAACCGUCUCUCUCCCUCACGCUCGCGGUGUCCACACAGCGUGGAUAAGAAACAUCAGACUCACAGUUCUGAUAAUAUCGAGCUUAUCCCGCAAACCUAUGCCGCAGGUGCGGUUCCGGAGAUUUAUACUGUGUCGCCGCCGUCUAGUCCACCGAAUGCGAUUUGGCGCAUGACGACGAUUGAACAGAAGUGGGGCGAGUCUUGUGUGCCGCAGCAAUGA